AUAUGAAAAAUAGUUAUCAUGAUAAAUUAAAAAAUGAGGUGUAAAAGAUUGCUCUAUUAUCCUUCUAUCCAAAACUCAUAACUGAAAUAGUAUAAAUAUGAGUGAGAUUCAAUGGUUAUUGAGGCAACACAUCUACAUCCUUCUUAAUUCAAUAUGGCUAUUAUCAUUCCUUCAACAAUGGAACCUCUUUCUUUCAAGGUUUUCACCCUCAUUGCCUCUUCUGCAUUGGACAAAUUCAUGAAAAUUAUGGAGACAAUUUUCUUGGCUGUAUUCGUUUUUGUUCUAGCACUAGGAGGUUCGAUAAUAGGAACAAUAGGAGGAGCUAUCAAAGGACAAACUACAGAAAUUGGUUUUGUUGAUGGAGCUUGCAGAGGAGCCAUUGCAGGAGCCAUUGCAGCCAUAGAGUUUAUGCCUUUUGUUUCUCUUGCUCAGCCUUUUUCCAAGGUAGCUUUGUUGACAAGUUUGUUAAAUGGAAAAGUGUUCAUGGAAUGGAUAUGUCCAACUGUUGCACAAGCUUAUAUAAAUUCAUUAGAAGCAACCUAUGGAGGAGUGGUUUCAGAUAUUAAUGAGAGCAUGGGAGUUAAAGGAAUGUCACAAACUUGUAUUAUGAAACUUCCAUUUCAUACUUUCAACUCCUCCGACAAAAUCAUGAAACUAUACAAUGAUUCAUGCUGCUCCAUUUGCUUCCAGGAUUUAGAGGAUGGAGAAUUGGUGAGAAUACUUUCAAAAUGUUGUCACGUUUUUCAUCUAGAAUGCAUUGACAAGUGGCUACUACAACAAGGAUCGUGUCCCAUUUGUAGAACUUACAUUCUUGAAUAGUUUUGUUUUUGUUGUAAAAUCUGUUUGUUUUUUUUGUGUGUGUUUCAAGAGAAGCUUUAACUUUAUUGUAUGGUGGCGUUGGAUCAUAAGAGAAGCAAAGAUGCGCCAACAUUAGUUUUGUAUGUAUCCUUUAGAAAAAGAUUGAGUAUAUAAGUUUGUUUUUAUGAUAACUUGGCAUGUGACUUAAAGUAGAGUCCAGAACUCUGUUUCUGACUACACAGACUUUGUAACAGGAUGAAAUAUCAUAACCAUUAUAAUCGCAUAAUGGUUUGGUGUGGUACAUUUUAACUUUUAUAUAAAUGAACCAUUAUUAAUAGAA